AUGAAAGGAAGCUGGCUUGGAGCUUGGGGAUUGGAGAAGUGGGUGUGGGAAACCAUUGUCUUUAAGAAAAUCCGUGCUGCACUUGGAGGACAACUCCGUUAUAUGCUUUGUGGUGGAGCCCCUCUAUCUAAGGAUUCACAACACUUUAUCAAUAUCUGUAUCGGGGCUACCAUUGGGCAAGCAUAUGGCCUGACUGAAACAUUUGCAGGGGCUGCAUUUUCAGAAUGGUACGACCACAAGGUGGGCCGUGUUGGUCCACCUCUUCCUUGUUCCUACAUUAAGCUUGUGUCUUGGAAAGAGGGAGGGUAUCUGACAUCAGACAAACCAAUGCCCCGUGGAGAGAUCGUAGUUGGGGGAUUCAGUGUGACUGCUGGUUAUUUUAAGAAUCAAGAGAAAACUGAUGAAGUGUUCAAGGUUGACGAGCAUGGUAUGCGUUGGUUUUAUACUGGAGAUAUUGGGCAAUUCCAUCCUGAUGGGUGUCUUGAAAUCAUAGAUAGGAAAAAGGAUAUUGUCAAACUUCAGCAUGGAGAAUAUGUCUCUCUUGGAAAGGUUGAGGCAGCACUAUCUUCAUGUGAUUAUGUGGAUAAUAUAAUGGUUUAUGCAAACCCCUUUUACAAUUAUUGUGUGGCUCUAGUUGUUGCUUCACAUCAUUCCCUGGAGAAGUGGGCUCAACAAGCUGGUAUUGAGUUCAAAGAUUUUCCUGAUCUCUGUAACAAGCCUGAAACUGUCACUGAGGUUAUACAAUCUAUUUCUAAGGUUGCAAAAUCUACAAAGCUGAUAAAAUCUGAAAUUCCUGCAAAGAUUAAGUUGCUGCCGGAUCCAUGGACACCUGAAUCUGGAUUAGUCACUAAUGCUCUCAAGAUAAAGAGAGAACAGCUGAAUGCCAAAUUCAAAAAUGAUCUUCAGAAGUUGUAUGCUUGA